GCUCUUAUAUUUGACCUUCUUUCCUUUCUCUCUCCUCAAUCUCUCUCUCUCUUUCUUUCUCUCUCCUCUUUAUCAAAUUUCAUCACCAUUUCUGAUUCCCAAUAUUAGUCCUACUCUUUUUUUUCUCAGGUUAGAGGUCUAGUAUUGUGAUUAUCAAUGGAAGAAGAAACUCAAACGAAUGUAGAGGUGCCAGUGGUGGAAGUCAAGGAGAAGCUUGCUAGUGUUACGGAGCCAAUUCAGGAAAAUGGGAACAAAGAAGAAAAAGAAAGCUCUUUGGAUGAUGGAGAGUUCAUUAAGGUCGAGAGAGAACCUGUGGAAGUGAAAGAUAGUUCUCGGGAUGUUGAAGUAAAUGUGGAAGAAAGCAAAUCAUCUGUUAGUGAAUCUAGCAGAGAAGUCCUUGAAGCACAGGAGAAGAUAACCGAGCUUGAGACUGAAUUAGAAAGGGUGGCUGCUGCAUUAAAGGAUUCUGAGUCACAGAAUACAAAUUUAAAAAAUGAGGCCUUAUCGACUGAAGAAAAGCUGCAAGAAAGUGGGAAGAAGUAUGAAACUCUUGAACUGUAUCACAAGAAAUUGCAAGAGGAGAUGGUAGAGGCCGAAAAUAACUUCAAUGAAAAGCUGAAGUCUUUGCAAGAUGCUUUGGAAGAUCAUGAAACUAAGCACAAAGAGUUUUCUGGCAUUAAAGAAUCAUUUGAAAGUCUUAGUCUUGAGUCCGAGAACUCAAAGAAGAUAAUCGAGGAGUUGGAGCAAGAAUUACAAUCUCGUGCAGCAGAAUUGGAAGAUGCAGUAAAAUCUUCUCACUCCAAAAUUGAGGAUGCUGAGAAAAAGAUGGGUGACCUUGAAUCACUGCUGGAAGAAAAGAAGCAGAAAAUUGAAGAGCUUGAAGUGAAUAUAAGUUCAUUGGAGUCAAAAUGUGGGGAUGCUGAAGCUGAAUCAAAAAAAUAUUCGGGCAUGGUAUCUGAACUCAGUGGAGAAAUUGAGAAGUUCCGAUCUUUAAUGUUGAACCUUGAAAGUGCACUUCAAACAGCAAGUGAAAAGGAAGCAGGGCUGAUGGAAUCUUUGAAUGUAAUGAAAGAGCAGAAACAAAGUUCAGAAGAAGCAUUAGAAAAUUCCACUAAAAAGCUUCAGGAAGCUGAAAAUUUGCUUGAAUCAUUGCGUGGUGAAUUGUCUCUUACACAGGAGAAACUAGAAAGCAUUGAAAAUGAUCUUAAGGGUUCUGGACUAAGGGAGGGUGAAAUUAUGGAAAAGCUGAAAGCUGCUGAGAAUCAAUUGGAGGAGCAAGGGAGAGCGAUAGAGGAAGCAACUGCGAGUAAAAUGCAUUUUGAAUCUUUACACAAGUCUUCUACUAGGGACUUUGAGGUAAAAAUGCAAGAGACAAUGGCAAAUAUCAGCGAAAAGGAGUCUGAGGCUAACUCAUUGUCUGAGAAACUUAAAAUUCUUGAAGACAAGGUACAAAGUUAUGAAGAACAGGUUGGUGAAGCAGCUCUGAAGGCUGCAUCUCUAACAGAAGAAUUGCAUCAGAGUGCUGCUAAGGUAGUUUCCUUAGAAGGCUCUAAUGAAGAGCUUAAAAAGAUGAUUGAGGAAGCUGAGGGUAAAGUGGCACAAUCUCUUUCAGAGAAGGAACUUUUGGUGGAAACAAACUCGCAGCUGAAGAACAAGGUUGAUGAGCUUCAGGAAUUGCUUAAUUCGGCUGAUGCAGAAAAAGAAGCCACUUCUCUUCAACUUGCCUCUCACAUGAAUACCAUCACUGAGUUAACUGAGCAACACUCAAGAUCUUUUGAGCAGCACUCUGCUGCUGAAGCUCGUCAUUCACAGGCUGAGGAACAGUUGAAGGAAACAAGUGGUAAACUAGCUGAGAAGGAAAAGGAAGUCGAGGAGUUGGGUGCAAGGUUGAGUGCCCUUGAAAGCCAAGUGAAAGCAUACGAGGAGGAGGCUCGUGAAGCAUCUGGGAUAGCCGAGUCUAGAAAGGCAGAAAUUGAACAGUUAAAGGAGACUGUUGCUACAUUAGCUGUUAAAGAGGCCGAAAUCAAAGAACUCAGUGAAAAACUUGUAGCUCUUGAAGGCCAAGUUAAAAAGUACGAAGAGGAGGCUCAUGAAGCAGAGGGAAUUGCUGAAUCAAGCAAAGUUGAAAUUAGAGAGAUGGCUGAAAAAUUAACUCAGAAAGAGCUUGAAGUUACAGAAUUGAAGGAGAAACUUGCUUCCAUUGAAGGCCAAGUAAAGGUUUAUGAAGAAGAGGCUGGUCAAGUAUCUGGGAUCGCUGAUUCUAGAAAAGUUCAAAUUGAAGACCUGGUUGAAAAAUUAAGUCAGAAGGAGAUUGAAAUGAAGGAGUUGAAUGAAAAGCUUACUUCACUUGAAGAGCAGCUGACAGUACAUAAAGAAGCAGCUCUUGAAGCUUCUGGGAUCGCUGAAUCAAGAAAAUCUAAAAUUGAACAGUUGCAAGGAUCAGUUGAGGCAUUGGCUCAAAAAGAGUUAGAGAUCAAGGAUUUGAACGAAAAGAUAAGCUCUCUUGAAGACCAGCUGAAGAAACACCAGGAAGAGGCUUUAGAGGUUUCAGGGAUUGUUGAGUCUAGGAAAGUUGAACUUGAAGGCUUGACUGAAAAAUUAGGACAAAAGGAAAUGGAAGUGAAGGAAUUGAAUGAAAAGGUUAUUUCUCUUGAAGGGCAAGUAAUAGUACACCAGGAUUCAGCUCGUGAAGCCUCUGGUAUCGCUGAAUCAAGAAAAACUGAGAUUGAACAGCUGCAGGUUGCAGUUGAGACGUUAGCUCAAAGGGAGUUGGAGAUCAAGGAGUUAAAUGAAAAGUUAAGUUCUCUCGAAGAGGAGUUGAAGAAGUACCAGGAAGAGGCCCUUGAGGUUUCAGGGAUUGCUGAAUCUCGAAAACUGGAAGUUGAAGCUAUGCUUUUGAAAUUACAGGAGCAGGAAAAAUUGGCUGAUGAACAGCAGGUUCAGUUGGGGCAAAUUGAGACGCGUAAUGAGGCCUUGGCUGAGGCCAAUAUGAAACUCACUCAGGAUCUGGCUUUGGCUGAGACUGAACAAAGUGAUCUCCAAGCUAAAUUAUCACAUGGUCGUGAUGAGAAGGAAGAUAUUGCUGCAAAAUGUUUCUUAUCAGAGAAGGCGAAUGAGGAGUUACGCCAGGAGCUAACUUCUGAAAAGGAACGGCUUCAGUCUGAGAUAUCUGCAAUUUUAAAGGAGAGCAGCCAGCUUCAUGAAACCAUUAAAGAACAUCAAGCUAUUGUGGUCCAACUAGAAGAGCAGCUUAAAGAAAAUAGAGGAAAAGAAGAUGCUUCAAAGGCCGAGAUUGAUAAUCUUAAGGUUGAAAUAACUGAGAAAUCUGCCCUGCAAGCAAGGUUGAAGGAACUUGAAGAGCAAUAUCAGGCAACCGAGGCUCAAUUGAAAGAAGAGGUUAAAAGUCUCCAAACAUCUGCUACCACAAGAGAGGUUGAUUUGACUUCUCAGUUGGAAGAUCAUGUGCAAAAACUCCAAGAUCGAGAUAUAUUGAAUGAAAAGGUUUUGAAACUAAACGAAGAGCUGCAGCUUGCAGAGGCCAAUUUAACUAAGCUGAAAGAGGAGAGUUCAGCAAAGGUCUCUGAAUUGGAAGCUGCCAAGAGUCGUACGUCUGAAGAGCUUGAUGCCAAAAACAAAGAAAUCAUGCUUCUUGGAAAGAAAAUUGAGGAAGUUGAGCAAAAACUCCAGAAGGUUGUAGAAGCAUCUAAACCAAAGGUUGACGAAAGCAUUGCUGAUACCAAAGGAGAGGGUGAAACAGAAGUGAGGUCUAGAGAUAUCGGAUCAAUGAUUUCUAGCCCAACAAAGCGUAAGAGCAAGAAAUCAGAAAAAUUGUCUGCACAAACCUCACCAUCAUCCUCAGUGGUUCAGACUCCAACAGCCGAAGCUUCUUCCAGCAUGAACAUCAAGUUUAUCCUGGGAGUUGCAUUGGUGUCCAUAGUUCUUGGUGUGAUCCUAGGGAAAAGAUAUUAACUUUAGCCUUAUUAUUAUCUGAUUGAAUUCUUGCUUUAUUUAUUCAAGCUUGAUAAAUUUAUAUUAUUUUGCAGUAAGUUGUUUAUAUAACUCAAGUCUUCAAAUUGGUGGCUGUUAAGUUUUAGUUUAAUGUCCACCAAGAAGCAGUUUUUGGUUAUGUAAUUAUUACUUGGUUAUUUAAUGGUGGUGAUUUUAUUUUUAUAUUAUAAUUUUGGGUUGUAAAGUUGUGAAUUUUGGGAGUUGGAAGUGAUUUAUCACAAAUUUUCAUUAUUGCUUA